AUGGUGCCCUCAACUCCAUUCAACCCGCCAGCAGCUGACCUCACUGGCAAGCCAUUUGUACCGGAAUGGAUCCCCCCUCCAGUAACUCAGGAGAAACACGACUUUGCAGAGCUCACGUCCAUCGAUCUAUCUCUACUUGAUUCAGAUGAUCCUGAAGUAGUCGAAGAUCUCAUUAAACAGGUCAAGCGUGCCAUUCGUGAAGACGGCUUCCUUUUCCUGGAAAACUAUGGCGUAUCCCUCCAGCAGCUCCAUCGUCAAUUUGCCAUUGCCCAGUACAACUACAAGAACAUGACCGAGGAGGAUAAGCAGCGUCUGCUGUUUGACCCUGAAACCGGCAAAUGGUCUGGUUAUAAGCACCCGUACGGAUUCAAGCGCCACCGGGGCCCGGCAGAUGGGAUCGAACAGUUCAACUGGUACAGCGCUGAUUGGGAAGACACUGAACGCGUGCCUAGCACCUUGCACCCAUUCAUUGAUGAGAUUGAGGCAUUCGCCACCUAUCUCACCCAGUCUGUCAACCGCAGACUUCUCACUCUCUUCUCGCGGGUCCUUGAACUUCCAGAUGACUAUCUCUGGGACAAUGUGCAGUCACAUGGCGGGCCAACCGGCGAAGGUUACUUCCGACAUGCCCUGUUCCGACCUGUACAGAAGGAGACAAGGGAGGCGUCUAAAGGUCUCCGCAUGCAUGGCCACACUGAUUUUGGCCUGACCACUCUGCUCUUCUCGGUUCCUAUCUCCUGCCUUCAAAUUUGGGGCCAGGAUGAAAAAUGGUACUACGUUCCGUACAAACCCGGUGCUCUGGUUAUUAAUAUUGGCGACACACUCGAGAUCGUCUCCGGUGGGCACUUCAAAGCCACCCGCCACCGAGUUUACAAGCCUCCGGUCGACCAGCUGGACCAGGAGCGCCUGUCGUUGGUGCUGUUCAACAGCUCCGUUGGUGAUCUACGAAUGACACCUGCGAAAGAAUCGCCUCUCAUCCAACGAGAGGGUUGCGUCGAGGAUCAAGGUAUAUAUAACGAGUUUAAGAGGCGGACAGACGACGGUAACCUCGUACCGACCAACCGGCAGUGGCGCGAGAUCCAGAUUGCAACGUGCACGGAUCCUACUGACACAGUCAACAACCGGGUCGGCGCACAUCAGGUCCUGAUCGAUGGCAAGCUGAUGCACCAGCGGGAAUACAUGGGUGUGAAGGUUGUAUUGCCGGUGUAA